AUGCAUGUGGUCUUAGAUCCUUUGUUAGGAAAAGACGUUUUCGUAACGUUGACGAUAUGGUAGCAGCAGAAGCAGUGGAGCAGCAUCUCCAAGUAUUGGAACAGAUGUCCCAAAUACUAUUGAAAGCAUGACUCGAGUUGAUUCCUAAGAAAUGCGUGCUGCUGGAGAUGAAGGGUAGAUUCUCGGUCACAUCAUCGGACAUGACGGGUUACCAUUGAUUCAGCGAAAGUGGAAUCAAUUAGGAACUACCCGCAGUCGCGCGCUGAGCUCCGUACUUUUUUCGGCAUGUGUUCGUACUACCGGAAAUUAAAGCUGGAAUUCUCGAAAGUAGCCGCUCCGCUGCAAGAGAUGACCUCCGAGAAAACGCUGUUUCAGCGUUCUGCUGAAACAGCGUUUUCUGCUCGGAAAUCGUGCAUUGACCAAUUGAAGUCGAUCACUGUGCACGCGCGUGUACUGACGCAGCCGGAUGUUGGGGAGGCUAGGAGCGGUAAGAGACCGCUCAGGAUACAUACCGAUGCGAGCAUCCAAGGUUUAGGCGCCGUUCUGAGCUAAGAAGAAGAGGAUGGAUUUCUGCAUCCGAUGUUCUUUGCUCCAGAAGGCCUUUCAUCAUGUGAAAGGAGCUAUCACGUAAAUGAUUUGGAAGCAUUGGCGGUCCUUUUUGCCUUGAGAAAGCUCCACAUGCUUGUGUACGAACUUCCAGUGAAAGGGUACUCUGACCACCUACCCUUGACGGCACUUUUCAAACGCACUAAUGUGUCAGCCAGAGUACCCAGUUGGGCCCUUGAACUCCAGAAGUAUAACAUGGAAAUCAUCCAUCUGAAAGGAGCUGUGAAUCGCGCUGCGGAUGCCCUGAGUCGUGGAGCUGUUCCAUCAGACGAGGGGAAGAAAUUGGGGUGUAUCCCUAAUGAGCUCAUCGUGGCUGCGGCCUUGUAGGGGCCGCAAUGGACGAUGGAACUUCGACAGGACUCUACUUAUGCUGAGAACAUAACGAGCUUAGAAAGUGGGAAUCUGGACAGGGAUAUCGCAAUCCCUAAACUCUUUCAAAAGCUCAAAGUAGGGGAAUUUGUCAUGGAUCGAGGCUGUCUUGCUACACUAGAUAAAUGUUCUGUCCGAAGGAUUGUUCCAGCGUCCAAGAGAAUGGCAGUUUUUGAAGAAGUACACCUAGGUUUACUGGCUGGACUCAUUGGUCCUAGAAAGAUGAUCAGGCAAGUGUGA